AUGGGUGUUUAAUAAAGCAAUAUAAAUGAAAACAUCCCUUUUUUGUCCAAUAUGAAAAUCAUUAUUGAUAAAGGAAACUAUUAGAUUUACGAGAAUGAUAAAUACUAAAAAUUUGAUUACAGAGAAUUUAAAUCAAGUUCAAAUUCAUUCUCAAAUGAGAUAGAGGUAGCUAGAGAAAUUUAAAACCAAAACUUCCCUGGAUUAGCUAAAAUUGAAGAGGUACACUUGUAAACAUGUGAAUAAUGGUUUACAAAAUAUUUUACUCUUUGCAUUUUAACUGAACAUCCAAAAUAUUCUCUGAAAGAAUAUUUGCAACAAAAGAAGAAAACCCUAUCAAAUGAAGAAAUUACCGAACUCCUAGUUUCAAUCACUUAAGCUUAGCAUAUUUUAGGUGUGAAAAAAUAAUAUUUAAGCUGGGAGAACAUAUUUACAAAUGAUGGGAAUAUUUGGAAACUCAGACCAUUUUUUGAUUCACAAUCCUCUUAUUAAAAUCUGUUGAGUUUUAAAGAACAGAAAGUCAUAAACUUUGUAUUGGAUUGUUUCCCUGCUCCUGAAGAAUUUGAAGGUAAAGUCUGUGAUACCGAUAGAGUGCAAAUUUUUGGUCUUGGUAUGAUUAUUUUAGAAUUGAUAACAAAACAAAAAAGCAAUGAUAUUUAUUAAGAAUAUAGGAUUAAUGAAACCCUCCUUUAAUUAAGAAUUAAUUCCAUUUUGAAGUUAAAAUAUCAAUUUUGUGGAAAUUUUAUAGAUAUCAUUACAGAAAUGCUAGAUACAGAUUUAGUUAGGAGACCCAAUUUUGAUUAAUUACUUAAAAAGUUGAAAUCACCUGCUUCUUAAAUAGCGAGUCUUUAACUCUAAGCUGAAUUUGUAAAAUAACCUCAGAAAUUAAAUACACUAGAUUCAGUUAAUUUAUUUGAAGAGAACAAUCUAGAUAAAAUUGAUGAAGAGAAACUAAGUGAAGCAUUAAAAUAAGCUUAAGUUGAAAUUUAGAUUUAAAUUAAGAGAGUGAGACAAGAAAUAUAAAAUAUUAAACAUAAUUAAAAUAUAUUCGAGCAGAAUGGAUAGUAAUACUAUGGUUAGAUAGUUAAUAAUUUAUAUGAAGGAAAAGGUCGUCUCUUUUCUAAAUUUGGGAAUUUGAUCUAUGAAGGGGAAUUUAUGAAUGGGUACUUUCAUAAUUGGGGGGUUGAACACUAUGAGAAUUCAAUUUAGUUGUAGGAAAGUUAUAAAUUUGAAGAUGGCAAAGAUAUUAUGAAAUUUGCUAAAUAAUAUGAAGGUUGCUUUUAAUUUGGAAAGAAAUCUGGAGAAGGCAUGUUGACAUUAACCAAUGGAGAAAUCUAUUGUGGAGAAUUUAGAAAUGAUUAAAUCAACGGACUUGGCAAAUUCUAUGGAAAAUCAAAUGAUAAGAUAAUAGGGGUUUGGAAAAAUGGCUCAAUAAUUUCUAAUUCAGGAAUCUAAAAAGAGUUAGUCUCUUUUGGAUCUUAUAUGUUCUCAAAUCAAAUCGAUCCACCAUAGAGCCAAAAAUAACCAAAAAAUUAGAAUAAGUCUGAUUUUGCAAAAAGCUUAGUAGAAGUUGAUGCAAAAACACAGGAAAUUUAAUUUAAUGGAAUUAGUAGUCUUUAAUCUUGCCGAAGUUAAUUGGAACUCUCUUUUAAUAAUCACUUAAAAUACUUCAGUCAGAAGUAAUCAUAGAAUAAAAAAGAACAUAAAAUCUUUUAUGAUGGAACCAAUACAACUUUAAAGUAUGAAGGUCAACUUUUUACUGGAUAGAUGCAUGGAAGAGGGACACUGUAUUUCAAGAAUGGAGAUAUUCAAUAUGAAGGAGACUUUGUGAAUGGAAAAUUUGAAGGGUAUGGAAUCUUAACAAAUGAGAACCCAGAGAUAGAGAUGACCAUUAAUUAUAAUGAUUUAAGGGAUGUCAAUAUCAAGGGGUGGUGGAAAUAAUAUUAAGGCACUUUUUCAAAAGGAGAGAAGCAAGGCCAAGGAUAUUGGCAUUUGACCGAUAAAUGUGUCUUACUUGGGAUGUUUGACAAAGAUGAGGUACAUGGAGAAGCAUACUUAAAAAGACCUAAGCAAGAAGAUGUUUAUGCAUAAUGGGAAAAUGGAAUACUUCAUAAAGUAUUAUAAGGCAAGUUGUGA